AUGGAAGACAGAGCUUUAAGAACUAAUUUAAUAAUUAAUAGAAAGCAAGAUUAUUAGCCUACAAAAUUAGAAUCUACAAUAGACAAUCAUUAUUUAAAGAACGAAAAUUGGAAUUAUAUUGAUUACAAAAAUAAAAACCAAUAUAAGAAUUAUGAAACAUAAAUAUAAAAUGGUGAGUCAAAAAAUCAUUAUUAGUCAUACUAAAUAGUUGAAAAUCAUUAAAUGGAUAAAGAAUAAAACAAUAAUACAAAUUUAAAAUAAUCAUAUUACUAUGAAUAAUCUAAACCUUACACACCAAAUUGUUAAUAAACUGAACAUAAAUAUGAUUAAACAUAUUAAGAUAAGUAAAAAUUUGAAGAAAAAAUAACACAUUCAACUGAUAAAUAUUUAUAAUAAUAAAGUAAGUUACCUUUUGGUAAUAGAACUCCAAUGGAUCCAAAAUCUAAUAUGAUUGUAAAUACUACAUUAGAUAGAGAAAAUUAAAAUAAAAUUAAAAAUGAAUAAUAGUAAUCAGCUGUUAAGAGAGAUUUUAAAUUACCUGAAUAUUAAAGAAUGUAUCCUGAAAUAACUAGAAAUAAAACUAAUGAACAUUAUAAAACUAAUCCAAUUGAUUCUAAGGAGACAUAAGAAUAGAAUAGUUUCUUAGAUAUUGAAAAAAGAUUAUAAUAAAGAAGAGAGUAAGCUGAAAAAAUAGCAUAAUAAAAUGAAGCUAAAUUAACUUACUAUUCAAAAUCAUAAGAAUAUUCAUAAAGAUAAUAAUAGACAGGAUUAGGAAAUAGUUAAGAAAGAAUCAAAUAAUUUUAAGAAAAUCUUAGAAGUGAAGUAUAAGAUAAAUUGAGAGAAUAAUAAAAUUAAUAUAAAUUAGAUUCUAGAAAUCUUGAAUCUAAUUUUGAUAAAAAGAAUUUUUAAACUGAUACUGAAAAUAAUUCAUAAUUAAAAAAGGAUAUACUUGAAUUAAAUUAAUUUAAAUUUACAUAAUUAGAUGGAAAUUUUAAUAUAAAUGAAAGGGAACAUAAAUAUAAUGAAUAUUUAAGAAAAGAUUUUGAAAUAGAUUUAAAAAGAUCUAAAUUUGAUUAAAAAUCUCCUUAUUAAGCAAGAAUGAAUGAGGAUUCUAAAUAUUAGUAAAUAGAAUAUGGUAAACUUCAUUUUAGUAAGAAAUAAGAAUUUGAUUCAAAUAAAAGAUAAGAUGAAUAAAUUAAAUAAAUUAAUAGAUCAAUUUAAUAAAACAAAUCUUAAAAUGAAGAUAGAGUUAGAUUAGAUUUAAGAUCAGAAGGUAGUGCAUAUAAAGAAUAAAAAGAUAGAUUUAUAUUAAAAGAAAAAUUAUAUUAAGAAACAAAAUAAUAAUAUUAAGUAAGGAAAGAUAAUGAUUAAUCUUAAGAUAUUUAAAGAAGACUUAAUUUAUAUGAGAAAUUAUAAUAGUUUGAUUAAGGAAAUUAGAAAAAAUAUUAAGAUAGUUAAAAUUAUUUGGUUAGUAAUUUAAAAUAAGAAAAAAAUAUUAAUGAUUAAAAAUAAUCAACUUCUCUAGGAUAUAAUAAUUAUGAUAGGUAUGAAAUAAAGAGAUAGGAUUAAUAAUGUGAUAAAAUGGAAUUUAAGAGAUCUUAAUAUUAACCUGAGAUAAACUAAAUUAAAUAAGAAUUGGAAAAAAAAUAUGGAUAAUUGAAACCAGAAAUGAACCAACAAAUAUCAGAAUUUGAUAAAAGAAGAGUUUUCGAGUAAAGAUUUAGGCCAGAACCAAUUUAAGCUAAAAUAGCUGGAGCUAGAGAGUAUUUAGGUUAGAAAUAUUAUUAAAGAGAUUAAUAUCGCCUUGGAUAAAGACAAAGUUAUCAUGAGGAAUCAUCAAUCAAUGAUCGUUUAGGAUUAGAAAAAGGAAAUUCUAGAUAUAAUUUGAAUAAUAAGGCUAUUGAAGAUAUACUUUAAGGAACAGCUUUAAGUAAAUAUAUUGAAAGAGAAAAAAAUUAAAAUAGAAUGGCAGAUAGACUUGUAAGUUUUACAAACAGUAAAAUUAAUUAUUAAAAAUCUCCUAUUAGGGAUAAAGAAUAUAAGGCAGCUUAUGAUAGAUUAAACUAAUAAUAAAGAGAACCUAUAAAUGAUAAAUAUAUAAUUAAUGAAUACAAAAUAAGAUAACCUUCAGAUCAAAAUUUACAAAAAUGUAAUAUUUUAACUUAUUUAUAGAUUGCAAUCCUUCUAGUUUAAUAACUAAGUAGUUUGGAAAUUAUGAUAGAAAAGAUAAAAGAAUUUGA